GUGGUUGAUCAUAUUCACUCUGAAUCAGAACACUUUGAAGUGCCCGGCAUGCCUGAUCGAAUUGAACUGACUAAAACACAGAUUUCGGGCAUUCUCAAGCCACACUCAUCUAGCAUGUUUGAGGUUGCUAGAGUGAUUGAGGUUGGUGGUGGUCACUUCCACAGUCGUUGGUCCUUGCCAUUGCAUGAGUGGUAG